AUGAUUAUCAAUUAUUUUAUUGUUGAUGCUGAGCACUUUAGAAAUAAAUAGAAAUAUUAAACUGUUGGUGAAUAUGAGUUUCCAUUUGAAGAAUUUUAUACUAAGAUACAACUAUAACAAUUAUUGUAAGAAAAUCAUAAAUUCUACUUAGAUAAUAUGAGUCUGAUGAUAGUGAUGAAGAUUAGAAAGAAUUUAUAGGAAUGAACUAAGAAAAGAAUACUGAUAUUGAAAUUAUCAUGACUCAAAUGGAACUGUAAACAUAAAGUAGACCAGAUAUUGGACUUUUUGCUCAGGGAUAAUCGAUAUUAAAUUAAGUUAAUAUUUCUGAAAAUCAUUUUUAGAAAUAAGUUAAAUAGUUCAAUAUAUCUGAAUUGAUAGUUAAGGAAUCUGAAAAAGCUUUGGGGGAGAGUUUUAUAAAUUAUGACAUUAAUAAUUUUAAACCAGAUGAAUUGAAUUCGAUAAUCAAUUGUUAAUAAAUAUCAGAAAGUGAUUUAUAAAGUUUGCAUGUUAAUAACAAGAAUACUAAGGAGGAAAUAAAUAAAUUGUAUGAAGAGUUUGGUAUCUAAAUCAAAUAAUGA